AUGCCCUUGAAACGACCGAUGCUCCACCCAAACGGUAGGCGGGGCGAUGGAAGCAGCGGCGGGGGGACCUGCCCAAGGGCACGGGUGAGGGUCGAGCGUGACCGUCGCACGCGGCUAUUCGAGAGCAUCCGCGGCAACCGGGAGAAGAUCGGGCGAGCGAUGAACAGUCUCCGCGAUGCGAUGAGGACGGGCGAUGAGGAGCUGGCCGAGAGACUGAAGGCCUUCAUCAUGCACCUCCGGAAGCGCGACCCCCAGUUCGCUACGCAGGACGCGAUGGACGAAGCCCUGGAACAGGGACUGUUCUCCACGGCCGCCAAGCUCAAGCUUAAGCUGGAAGAAAUCAACCAGAACCCGUUCCGACAUAGCCUUUUGGACGUUUCGGCGGAGGACGGCGGCGGCGGCGGCGGGAGCAACAGCGAUGGCGGGGACACAUCGGAGGACAUGAGCUGGGGUUUCGACCAGACCUUCUUCGGGGAGGAGGGGGACAACAUCGACGACGACCCGGACGACUACGACGACAUAUGA